AAAAAAGAAGUCAUUCGUCAACUUUAUUACAAAACCCUCUCACACACCAAUCCCAUCACUUCUUCUUCUUCUUCUGUCUGAGAGUCCAAAAUGGAAGACUUCAGAUCCAGAUCGUACGGUGACGGAAGAACAUCAGACCUUCAACAGUAUUCAGCUCACCGAAGAUCCGACGGUCCAGAUUCAUUCAGUGGUAACGGUAUGCAAGAUCUUAGGUCUUACAGUACUUCCUACACAGAUUACCCGACCCGGAUACCGGAAGACCCGAACCCGAAGAAAGGAAGAUCAUCUUCAUCGUCUUCUUGGGGAUUUGUGGAUCCAGAUUUACAAAGGAAGAAGAGAGUUGUUAGUUACAGAGCUUAUACUGUUGAAGGUAAGCUUAAAGGUUCUUUCAGGAAAAGCUUCAAAUGGAUCAAAGAUAAAUGCAACAAAUUACUUAAUUAAUCAUGUCAAAUCUGUUUUAUAAGAUAAUAAACUUUUUUAUAUUCGAUGAGUUUCAAUUUUUUUUCUUUUUUUCUUUUUCAUUUUUGUGUGUGUUCUUAGCUUGUGAUAGUGAUUUUGUAACAAACAAUAAUUAAUAGAUAUGCUCUAAAGGAUGUUCUCGAGGAUGAGUUAGAUUCUUAUUCAAUUUUUGAGUUA